CUGGGUGUGAUUUGUAUCUGCCCAUUGGGUAGAUCAGAUCACAUACCCCCAUGUAGUUGUAGGUGAGUUUUAUAACUUCUCUGAAGCUCCCGCUAAUUCAGGAUCGUUAACUUAGCUGGUGCGCAGACUUAAAUCAGUAAAAAAUGUCUGACCAGUCACCCACAUAAAUCCCAACAUUCUAACUCUUACAUCUCUACAAUUUCUUUCUUACUCUCCUCCAUUGUCUAGAGUCAGAGACAAUGAAGUCUUCUGCAUUUGAAAAUCUUCCUUACUACAGUACUAAGAGAGGUAACGGUGUGAAUGCAUGGAGAUUAGGGUUACUUUUGGUGUGGGUAAUUGCUCUUACUUGGGCUUUUACUGUUUUCAUUUUUGGUAAUCCAAACCCUUUUAAUAAGGUCAAGUCUAAGCAGAAGUAUUCUUUGACGAAGAACAUUACUUAUAAUGAUGAACUGGAGUUGAGGAAUAAUACAGUUCCGUAUCCGAACGAUAUCGAUCAAACUACUGCCGUUUACCCCGAAAAGGAGAGUGAUUAUGAGAAGUGUGACCUGUUUAAGGGUCGAUGGAUUCCCGAGCUCAACGGACCAUUAUACACAAAUUGGAGCUGUUCCACGAUACCAGAAUCCAAGAAUUGUCAGCUAAAUGGAAGGAAAGAUGUAGACUAUAUGAAUUGGAAAUGGAAACCAGAUGAUUGUGAACUCCAGAGAUUUGAUGCAAAGAAGUUUUUAUCGAUAGUUCGAGGUAAAAAGCUAGCCUUCAUUGGUGACUCUGUUGCUCGAAACCAAAUGGAAUCACUCCUUUGUCUACUAUCACAAGGAGAAAUUCCGAAAGAUAUCUAUAAGGAUUAUGAAGAUCGAUUUCGAAUCUUUUACUUUCCUGCACAUGAUUUUACUCUCACGGUCUUCUGGACAAGUUUCUUGGUCGUUGGGGAAGAUAAAGGAAUCAUAAACGGUUCGACUACAAAUGUGUUUCAUAUACACCUUGACAAGAUUGACGCUAACUGGGCUCAGAAACUACCUGGUGUAGACUAUGCUGUCAUUUCUAUUGCUCACUGGUACUUCCGAAAGAAUUACUUAUAUGAAGGAGGUCAACUAAUAGGUUGCACAUAUUGCAACGAACCGAAUGUUCCUGAUUUAGGAAUUCCAUUUGCUGUAGGCAAAGUCUUUGAAUAUGUGGUUAAAUAUAUUAACGACUGUAACGACUGUAAUGAGGAUUUGGUUACUCUGGUACGAACAUUUGCGCCUGCACAUUUUGAGAAUGGAUAUUGGCAUGGCGGAGGGGUUUGCAACAGAACAAGUCCUUACACUGAGGAACAGGUUAAUUUUGCGAGUUCUGAAUGGGAACUGAGGAGUAGUCAAGUGAAUGCGUUUGAGAAGUAUAAAAACACAGCAGAAGGGAAAAGAGUAGAGAUUUUAGAUAUAACUAGGGCCAUGAUGAUGAGACCGGAUGGACAUCCAGGGCCUAAUUGGAAAGAUCAAUAUGGUCAGAACCACCAUGAUUGUCUGCAUUGGUGUUUACCUGGACCUAUCGAUAUAUGGAAUGACUUGUUCAUGGCCGUGUUGCAGAAAAAUGUAUAGAAUUCACUGAUUCAUUGGGCGGAAACUGCUAGGUUUUUAUAAUUUAUAUAGCAUUUACUUGUUUUCCUUUAGUUUGAAUUUGUUUUAGAAUUGAUCCUAGUCCUAGUACUAGAAAUUUGUUUCAUUGUUU